AUGUUCAACACUUUUCACUAUGACUCGCUGUACUGGAGGGAUGAGAAUGAAUAUAACCUUCCUGGAGGAGAGACUGGGUUUGACUCACAAGAAACCAAGUUACCAACCUAUUGGAACACAUCUUUCUCCAAGAUCUGUCUUGGUAUGAAGAUCGACCAACAGAUUAACUUCAUUGUCAUCAACAAGCAGGCCAACUCUCUAUACUCACUGAUCGCUGAUGGGCAAUACCGCGCCACCUCACUGGGUCGUAACACUUGGAAGAAGUUGAUUGGUUCAAAAGCAUCCUUACAGCGAAAGUGUAACAAGGAAGGGUUCAAUGUUGUGUGUACUGAUAGUCGUCAUUCAAAAGCAAAAAUCGGGAUCCUUGGAAAUAAUGUAAACGACUGCAAGUUAUGUGAUUCCAGAAUCGGGUUUGGAACAGGAGGAAAACAUGAUGACAAGAACACGUGUGGAAACGAGGCAACCUACUCACCAGAUAAUGGACGCAAACACAUCAAAGCAAUGGGUUACAUCCUAGUGCAGUGA